CAGCCGAGAAGACGUCGAUGUGGAUGGAGGGCGCUGCCCGGCUGAGGACAGUCUGACCCGGGGAGGAAGCGGCCUGAGGCAGCCCCAGGAUGCAAAUGCAACGCCCCGCUUCAUACUCAAAUAUAAAAACACAGGUGGAAGAAUUGGAUGAAGAACGACAACGAUUGUUAGAAGAACAAAAAAUAAACAGAGCCAAAGCUCGUAAACUUACUUUGCAGACAAUCCAAAGACGAAAAGUCCUUGAGGAGAAACGCAGAGAAGAUGAAGAAAAAGAACAAAGGUUUCGGGAGGAGGUGCUUCAAGAAAGAAAGCUGAAGCAACAGGAUGCAACUGAGAGAUUUCAGCGAGCUCAUCUCCCACCUUCACAGCGCAGGCAAAACAAAAUCGUCCGUAGAAAACAGACCACUCAAUUAGAGGAAGCUCUUGAACAGAUUCAGCGUUCACCUUGUGUGUUAGCAUCUCCAUCAUCUGCUGUUGCCAGAGGCAUAGUCAAUGAAGGGACCACUGAUUCAUUUCUAAACCUGUCAACUCAUGGAGAGAUUAGAAAUGGUUCGCGCUUUCAGAAACAGCUGUCAGCAGCUAAAGCUUAUGCCAAGCUUAUGCAUGAGAAGAGUGGGGCAAAUCUGAAAAACAGCCGGUUACGCUUUCAGCAGGAGUUGGAGGAGACACAACGUCUUCUGGGAGAGCAGCAAUUGAAUAGUUUACAGGAAUUCCGACAAGAAAUUGAACAACUUAAUCAGUCUGAAAGCUUAUCAAGUCUUGACAGCCUAGAAACUGAGGGACAACACAUUGUGCAGACUGAAUCAAAUGACUCAAUUUCUCUUUCAGUACAGAAUAAUAAUCCUUCCAAUAAUAGAAUGAGGCCACAUCUGCCUGUAAAAAAUCUUGACUUUUCUCGGAGUGAUUUUUAUCCUCUAAAAAAGGCACAUGUAAGCGCCUGGAUUAACGACUUGGAUAGUAGCAGGUCUCACCUCCCUUCUCCGGGGAUUGCAAUGACAAACAAAACUGAAACUUCAAUUACAAAGGAAUAUUUGAGCGAUAAGAUAGAUAUAUCGGCUUCUGAAAGUAUUGGAUCUGAAUAUUUUGACUCGAGUUCUGUUUCUUCUCUUGAAAGACAUCAGAAUGUAUGUUCAACCAAAUUUUAUAAUAGCAAUCAACAUAAAAUAGCAGAUAGUAAUUCCCACUCUAUAGAAAAUCAUCUAACAACCAUAGAUUGUUCUGAAAGUUCCCUUGAUCAACCUGCUCAUUCUGCAACAAUAACUUGUGAUGCCUGGUCCACACCAGAUUCAACACCUAAGGAAACAACACAACUUUCAGAUGUGAGCGACAGAUUAGAAUCUGUGCACGAAAAUGAACUUGCAUCAAUGCAUCCUUUAAAACUACCUUUAGCAACAACUGUCUUUUUAACCUCAAGUCAGAAGUCACGAAUGUGCAGUGACAGAACGAAAACUGACACUAUGAAAGACAGUGAAGAGAUCCAACAAAAGCAUCUACUGGCAUGUGUCAGUGCAACUAAUAGAAUUACUGUUUCUCCUUUCACGUUGAACCAAAAUGCUGACAUUCCCAGCAAAAGUGAGGACAGCCAAACUUCUUUCAACAAAUAUAAUUUCAACGUCAAAAGCAGACAUGUCUCUGAAGGAACCAGUCAGAAACCUGUUCCUUCUCGAACAACAUUUAAUUCAUCAGAACCUGAUUCCAGAAAUAAUGCAACAGAAGGGAAAGAAAAUGAACUAGUAACACAUUCACCAAUGUCCAACACAAAAUCAAAAGCCAACAAAAAGCAUUUCCAUGAAAAAAGUAAUUUCAAACUACUGAAGGGGAUACUUAAGAAAGUGUCAAAGUAUGAAAAUGUUUAUCCCAAAUCUUUAUUGUCUACAAGUGGCGUGCUUGGAAUUCAAAUGGCAUCCUCUAUCAGAGACAGUGUGGAGUUGAUAAAAAUGAAAGAAGUAGAAUCUGACAAAAGUCCAACAAAGAAAAAACUAAGAUGGCUUGAUGAGAUUGAACAAACCAAUCAGUUUCAAAAGGGGAAAGGCAAAGGUGCUGAAGAAAACCUAGAAAGUACAAUAGAUAGAAGUUCAGGAUCAACAAAACAGCCUCAAUUACAGUCACCUUGUUUUGAAAGUAAUGGCCACAUUUCCAGUGUUAAAUCAAUUGUGGAUAAUAAAAAAGAAUUAAAACGGAAUGCAUUACAUUCUGACCACAAGACUGCUGUAGAUUGUAGCCUUUCUGGUGAUCAGCAGAGUGAAACUUGGGGGGCCAUCAGAGUGACAGCUCCUGAAAUUUCAGAAACAGCCUCAAUGACACAUGGAAUAACACCAGCUGUAUCACCUGGUUACCAUUUUACUAAACAAGCCUGGACAGCCACAGGAGCUAGAAGCACAGACCACAAAACAACUGCAAAGAACACUAUUUCCCAACCUGAGAAACCCUUGGUAAGAAUAGGACAUGCCAAAGUAAUCAAAAGAGCCCAUUCUGCUAAGGUUUAUUUUCGUACAGGAAGCAACUGCAGAAAAGGUACCAUAAUCAGGCCCCAGUCUGCCAGGGAAAUAAUGAAAUCUCAGGGUAAAAUAAUGGUACCCCAUCCUCCACCCAAACCAGCCAUUGAUAGCAAGCAAUGUCAAAGGGCAACUGGAAAUUUUAAUUGUCGUUGGCAAUCACAAAUACAUCCUCCUAAUGUUAUUGACAUCUGUCCCAGCACACCAAGGGAAAUCAUGUCAGAAGAUCAUCAUAUUUCUAGUAAAGACAAUGCAGUAGUCUCAGGCCUUUGGCCUCAGGUAGAUUUUUUGAAAAAUAGGUCUGUCACCAUCACAACAUUUCCUUCAUCCUAUUUAGUGUCUCCGUAUGAAACUUUUACUAAAGCAACCUAUUCAGUAAAUGCUACCAAAACUCUGCCUCAGAAAGAUGAUGUAAGCAAUGGCACGAAACAAGACCUUAAUUAUGGAGGGAAUAGAUUGUGUUUGGAUUGCACACCAACUGAUGAAGAAAUUACACUGCUUUGGCACGGAGUGCACAGUGCCUUGGCACAAAAGGACUCAGCAAUUGGUGACUCUCGAAAUGACCUAUCAUCUCGGAACAGUGAGCGUAAAAUAAAUUUGCAACCUCAUCGAACUAAUGUUUCCCAAUUGACCAUUGAUGGCGGAAGCUUACUGAAUGGUGUACGAUCAGUUUCCAAAGUAGGCCGAUUAUUUUCUGCUCCUGCUGGUGCACUUGUUACUGCUGCUAGAAGAAAGCACCCUACGGAUACACGCAGCAGUGGAACAAAACACAGAGCUCUUCUUCAGCAGAGAAGAAUGAGUAUUAGUUCGACCACACAUAAAUCUGAUCAAAUAGGACAGAACAUCCAGAUUACUCCAUUUCCAAGUGCCUUUGAUCCAGUCCAAACACUAAAUGCUGUUCAAAACACCCAAGAAGCCAUUUCAGAAAGCAUUGAACAAUUUAUGCUAGCAGAAAACCUGGUAGAAACAUCUGCUGUAGAUAGUGACAUCCUGGCUGCUAUGGAAGCAAUAGGGACUGAACGAUACGGUUUUCUUCAAAACAAAGUACAACGAUUAGGCCUCAGUGCACUAUCAUUUGAAGAACAAAAGCUUCUUCAGUCAUUAGACCUUCUCAAUCAAAGAUUGCAGUAUAUCCAAGAAACUGUUCAGACAAGUCCAUCUAAUGGCCUUUCACAAAUUCCAUCUCCUUUUAUCAUACCAAACAGUGCUUCUGGCUCAAGGUCUAGGCCUGGUCAAGCCUUUUGUGGCACACAAAAUCAUCGCAGCCUUGUUACUGACAGACACAUUCAAAGAAAAUACUGAAGGAACGAGACUGGCUGAUGACCAUGAAGACCUACGUGAAAUUUAUUGUG